AUGAGGCAUUCCAGACCCAGUGAGGAGGUUCGGAAUGGUGGGACUAGGGGUCACGCUGAAAGAGAACAGGGAGGUCGUAGCGAAGGAGGCAGCGAUAGAAGAAGAUGCUACAACUGCCAGCAGAUAGGGCAUAUUGGGAAGGAUUGUCCACGGAGGAGACCCCGCGUUAACCAGAUAGUGGAUACGUCCAACAAUACGACAAGUGAGUCGGAAGAGAACCGUAAAAACAUGACAGGGUUGAUCAAGAGUGCGCGGAGCCUUGGCAUAAGAGCCAACGGCGACAUGAGUGGACCCUUAAUAGGUGAGAUAUGCUCAGCAUGGGUCAACAUGUUGUCGGCUCGGGUGCGCGCCGUGCUUGAUACGGGUUCAAUGAUUAGCAUAGUACCAAUAGCUGUGCUGGCACAGGCACAAAGAAGUGGCUUUGACGUGGACAGUUUAGAGAUGAUUUCUAAUUCAGACAUGGUUCCAGUGUAUGACGCAUCAGGUAAUCGCAUGGAGUUCAUGGGAGCUGUGAAGAUUACAGUAGAAUUAGAAGGAGGUAGAAAAGCCAAAGUGUCUUUCCACAUUAUGGAUGUCAAUGAAAAAGAGAUAUUACUGGGUACAAACUCCUUAGACCAGUUAGGCGUGAACGUGCAUAUAUCACCAGAGCUAGAUCCGGAUAAGGACAGGGUGUCCUCAAGAAAGGUAAUAGUAGCCAGGAGGGCGUACAUUACCCCGCAUAGUGCAGCGAUUGUGUCGGCUCGAUGUGAGGGGCACGGUUAUUGA